AUGAGCCUCCUCAGAAAUGGCCUAUCCAGGGCCUCGACCUCACCUUCAACCUCCACCCUCCGCCGACCGAUAACUCCCAGUUCCCAACCCCAGCUAUUGCGCCAACCACGCCCACAACGCCGACACAACUCCGACUCCUCUGCAGGAAAGACACCUGAGAGAAAUCACAUACACGCACACCCACCCAAACUACCAGACAAUAUCCCCGCCUCUGCUGCUGCAACUGGGGCUAUAGUCACACCUGCGCGUCGUGGAUUCCGUGAGGUGAUAAAGGCUGGUCCGGUGGGCAAGUUUGGUCGAUGGUAUGCGCGCGCGCAGGAGCGCAAGCCGUACACAACGCAGUUCUGGAGCUCGAUCGUUAUCUACCUAUGUGGUGAUCUAAGUGCGCAGAUGUUGUUCCCUACGGAGGUUCCUGCGCCUGCGAGAUCGGACUCUGAAGAUGGGGAUGUGGUUGCGCGGGGGGAUAGGGAAACUGUCAGUGCUGGGUAUGAUCCGCUAAGGACGUUGCGGCAUUUGUGUGUUGGGGGUUUGUCGAGCAUUCCGUCUUAUAAGUGGUUCUUGUUCCUCGGAGACCAUUUCAACUACCCCAGCAAGAUCCUCUCGAUCCUGACAAAGGUCGUCGUGCAGCAGUCGUGCUUCACGCCCGUCUUCAAUACGUACUUCUUUAGCAUGCACUCCCUGCUUGCUGGUGCGACGCUCGAGGAGACAUAUGAGCGGGUGAAGAAGGCUCUUCCCGUUAGUAUCCAGAACAGCGUUAAGCUCUGGCCGGCUGUCACUGCAUUCAUGUUCUUCUGGUUGAAUCAGAAGGCUGCUAAGGAGGUUGCGGCUGCUGAGGCGCUUGCUGCGGCGGAGAGCAUGGGUGGUGCGUUGCAUGCUGUUACUGGAGGGAAUAUGAUCUCUGCUGGGACUGCGUGA